GGGUCAGUCUUCACUAGCUGUCAGUGUUGACACUGACGUCAACAGCGCAACUGGCAAGUUUGCCACCAUUGAAGCUGCAUAUGAGCUGGAUUGAUCAGGAAGCAUUUGAAGAGCAGAGCAGAGCAGAGACGACGAAGGAAACUUUCGUGCAACCUUGAUUGGUACUGCAAUCAUGUGCACUGCUUGGGCACAGACCAGAGCAUUCGCUUUUCCCAAACAAGGCUUCCAAGAAGCUAAAGCGAACCGCUUGGUGUUUGGUCGGGAUGCCGGUGGGCACACGAACGGCACCUUGGCCGGGCCAAGGAUUCUGGUUUGUGGGGGAAGGUGGCAAGUAUCGAGGGGUAUGCGAAGAAGGUCACAAUUCUCUUUGAGGGCACUGACAUGGCAAGGGCAAGCUAGACGGUGGAAGCAGCUCGCGGACAAAUCGUCAUGCACAGAUGUCCGAUGGCAGGGGUGGUGGUCAGGAAAACCCUCGGACAUGGCACACAACAGCCGGUGGUGUCAAAAGCAAAGGUCGUUACGGCGGGCGGGAGGAAGAGGAAAUGGAACCAACGCUUCAACAGAAAGCACAAGUGGGGGGGAUGCUCAACCAUACGAUGUGGAGCUGGAAUUUGAAAACUGGUCGAAAGGCGAAUUUGCUGCAAUGCUGUCGAAAGACAAGGACUUUUCUGUGAGGAGCGAUCCGUGGGCCACUGAUUCAGAACCUGACAGCGGUCCGUCCACCAGUGGGGGAAACAGAGUCCCUGGCGAGGUCAGCUCGGAAGCUGCAGCAGUGUUGGGGAAGUCUGGGACAAGAGCGUCAUUUCCGGUCAGUCCUUCUGAGACAUCUGGAUUAGCUGAUGAGGCCAUCAAAGUCGAGGUGCCUGCGCAGGAUCAUUCUGGGGUGGGGAUCGAGGUGCUGACACUGCUGUCAGAAGUAGACAAGAAGAAAGCGUUUGAGAAGGCGCAGGCAAAGCAAACAUGGUGGGGGACAUUCGUAUACGAGACCUGCAGCAUAGCGCUCUUCAUUUGGGGCUGGCUGCGCACUGCCACUUUUGCCACUUUCCAUUUUUUGGUGAAACAACCGGGGGAGCUGUUCAAUCUCUCAUGGCCCAGUCCUGGGGAGACAGUCAGCACAAUGGGCCUUGUCACGGGAACAAUUGCUGUGCUCCUGGUUCUCAUUUCGACCAUGGAUACAGGCUUUACAUACGUUCUGGCAUCCCUCGUUCGAAGAAGUGCGAAGUAAACGGCUCCAACGGCUAUAACGAACAGUUGGCGAGGACUGUAUAAAUAGACACUUUUGCUUGGGCCCGGCCAUCACUGUACUGGCACUGUUUGCGAGUUAGUAUAUAUAUGGAACGGUUUGCCGCUCUGCCAAAUUAAGUCCCAUCUCAAGUUUUCCAUCAAGAAAGACGAAUUUUGUGAAGCGUCCUCGACGUCCUUCCCAAGC